AUAAAUAACAAAAUUAGAAAAAAAUAGUGCGGUCGUAAUUUGUUUUGAAAGCAACACAGUUGUCUGGCGCCUAUUUGAGCGCAGGGUUUGUUUACGUCUAGGCAACCUCCGAUGUGUUCCCUGUGAUAUGUAAGAGUUAAGAUGUCCAAGUUGGGUCGGCGUGGUGGCAAAAGCCGUGUACUUCGCCAACGAAGUAUGGUUGAUUUUUUUAAUUCACCAGCAGUGUCCAAAAACAUAGCCCCUGCCAUUCCACAAGCUAAGAAGAUUUCCAAGCCCAUUGCUAAAGUAUCUCCUCAGACUGUUAAUGUGGUGCCAAUACCUGCAGCUUCCACUAACUUUAUUCUCACUGAUGAUGAUUUGGAUGAUUUUUGUGAUUUUGAGUUGGAUACCUCCUUUGGUAAAGGAAAACCUGAAGAAAAUCGAACAACCAAAGAAUCUGAAGAUGAUGAAAUGAAUCAUAAGCUAAGAAAGAGGACGAACAGAAUUAUCAUUAGUUCCGAUGAUGAAACUGACAUUGAGAACAGCAUAGAAGAAUAUUCACCCAUGAAGAAGGAUGAUGUUGCAGCUCCAGUGACAAAAUUAGAGACUAGCAUGAAGUCCGAAGUAAAAAGUACUCUUAGUCAAGAAAAUGAAAAUAUUUUCGAAGAUGUGGGGAAGUCAGCAGACAGAGUUAAAGGAAGUUUUAAUGAGAAGACAGUUGAAGCAAAAAUUGAAGAUUCGGACUGUAUCUUUGAUAAAGCUAUUGUCACUGGGACAAAAAUCUCCAAGUUAAAAACUCCCCGCAAAUUGAUCACAGAUGAACAGUGUGUCACACAGUCACACGACUUUUUUGAGUCUUUGGAGCAAGAGGCAGAAGUAGAUUACAUAGAAUGUGCACCUCUAUCACCACCAAUUGUACCUUUAAACACCCAGGCAGAUGAUGACAUCUUUACGCCUGUAGCUGUAUGUGACGAUUCUAAUGUUUCUGGUGACACUAUUAAUGAAAACAAAUUUCAAAAGUUAUCUAAAAAACUUUUGGUAGAGAUGAAAUCUCCUGCCACGCCUAGAGUCGUUAGACAACCUACUGCAACCCCAACAAGUACAAGUGUAUUUUCUGGAGUUUCAGCCAAUGUAAAUAAAUCUGCAUCUCUAGCCACAACAAAUCAGGAUCCUGUAACCAGAAUUAUUGCAAAUCAAUCUCUUACAACCCCAACUGUUGUAAACCAGUCAGUUGUUAACCCAUCUGUUACAAAUGCAGCUCCUACAUACACACCCAUUGAAAAUAAGUCACCUCAAAUGUCACUUGUGACAAGUGAGAUGUCAGUAAUGCCACAAGUUACCAAUCACAUAGCUACUAAUGUGUCAUCAGAUGGGGAUGAACCUAAUUCACUUUUAGAAGAGCAAAGUUCAUCAUCUACCACUGUGUCAGUCACUAGACCAGGCUUUGCUAUAGGAUCAACUAGAAGUGUCCCACUUACCACAACAGGGACUCUUCAGCCUGUUGCUCCAGCAUCUACAAGUGGACAUUUGCUUCCUGCAGCCUCUGACAGUAAUUUUUCUACCUCAAAUGGUUUCUCUGUUGACCAAAUUUUAAAACAUCCAGUUCUUAGGGUUAAUGAACUAGAAAAGGAAGAUUUAUCCAUAUUAACUACAUUAAAGUCUUCAGUGUUUAAUCUCAUGGCUGAAAUGUUUACUACUCUUCCUGCUGAUCUACUUCAGCAAGUGCCUAAUUAUGACUAUAUAAAGCACCUAAAAAUUGUUAAUGCAUAUACCAAAAUAUCAAAGCUCUUAGAAAAGGAGAAAGACUUCAGGGACAAAAAUCAUGGAAACACUGGUGAUGGCUCAUUUGAAGAAAAAGCUCAGUUAGAAGUUAGCCCUUUGAGUCUCAGCCCUAAUGACAAACAUUACAAGCAGAGUGGUCAUAUACUAAAGGCUCGUUUUAGUGAAAAUAAUGAAGGCCCUGUCUUUGACGAGGAAAAUGAAUUCGUUGGGAAAAUUAUGCCUCGUCUCGGUAAUCAUCCAAUUAAAAAUGAAUUAUGUGGCAUGGAUACUUCCUCCCGAAGGUUGUCCGACAAAUUAUCCAAGAAAGUUAAUAGGAAUAAUGUUUGUAGUGAAGAGAAUGUAAACAGAAGUGUUAUGGAGACUAAACCUACCAUAAGUAGUUUUCCCUGUGAAGACAACUUCACUGAUGAAUCCUUUACCCCAAGCCAUCUAGCCAAGAAGCAGGAGAAAACAGUGGCACAAGGAAAUUCAACUCCAAAAUUCUCAUUUGUUGCAAAGAAAAAAGGCAAUAUUAAUAUAAAUAAUGGUGAAGAGAGCAUGGAUCUGGGAAGAGGAAGAUCUUCACAAGCCUUCCACAACUCUCAGCUAAAGCAGCACCACAAUAAUGCAGCUCCAUCCCCUACGCAGUGCAUUGAAUUUCUGGACGAAACGGCUGAUUUUCCUGAUUUUGAGGAAAGUAUAAUUGAUGACAAUACCCAGACUCAGCGUAUCCUGGGGUUUAAUUUCCCAAAACAGGACGAUGGUAACCAAAAUGGGAGGAAUAGUAAAAGAGUUGUUGGUCGUGCUGCACCUUUCAAGCCACAUGAGAACUUCAAUAUAUGUGAUGACAAUGACAGUGUUAAUGAGUCAGUUACAUUAGCAUCAAGAGCCAGGAAAGGUACAGAUAAAGAAAUUGAUUAUAGCAAAGUUGUGUGCAAAACACCAACUAAGGAGAGUGACACGAAGGGUCGUUUCCAUGGAAAUGUGAAAAACGAUGGUGCUACUGGGGAAUUCAGUAGCAUGAAUUAUCCACACACCAAAGAAAUGUUAAAGAUAUUCCACCAGCGGUUUGGUUUGCGAAGGUUCCGAGAGAACCAGAAGGAGGUGAUAAAUGCUGCACUGCUGGGAAAGGAUUGCUUUGUGCUCAUGCCAACUGGAGGAGGCAAAAGUUUAUGCUAUCAGGUGACGGUCACCUGUUGUGCCUCCAUCAUGCUGCCUGUUGGGUCGGUGGCACCUACGACCCGGUGUCUUGCGAAACAUGCUCCAAGCUCGUACUCCAGCACAGCAAAAGCAUGCAAGAGUGCAAGCAAGAAGCGCAAGCAAGCACAAGGAAGAGCAAGCAAGCGCGAAGACUGCCUGUUGGGUCUUAAGCUGCUGUAUGUUACACCCGAGAAGAUCAGCGCAAGUCAAAAAUUUUCUAGUAUUCUGGAGAGUUUGUAUCAGCGUCAGAAGUUGGCACGCUUUGUCAUUGAUGAAGCCCAUUGUGUAUCACAAUGGGGACAUGACUUCAGGCCUGAUUAUAAGAAGCUAAAUAUUCUUCGUCAGCGUUUCCCUGGAGUGCCAACCAUUGCUCUAACGGCAACAGCAACACCUCGAGUCAGAGUAGAUAUUCUUCACCAGCUUGGGCUCACUGACCCAAAGUGGUUCCUUAGCAGUUUCAACCGAGCCAACCUGAAGUAUGUAGUUCUACCAAAAAAGGGCAAAAAAAUAUGUAACGAAAUAGCUGCUCUCAUUAAUGCCAAAUAUCGUAACCAAUCAGGUAUUGUGUAUUGCCUCUCACGAAAUGAGUGUGAUACAACAGCUAGUGACCUAGCAAAAGCUGGCAUCAAGGCUGUGAGCUACCAUGCUGGAUUAACAGACACCAAGAGAGUGUCUGUUCAGACAGACUGGAUUAACGACAAAUUCAAGGUUGUGUGUGCAACAAUAGCCUUUGGUAUGGGCAUUGAUAAACCAGAUGUACGUUUUGUGAUUCACUACUCGCUACCUAAAAGUAUUGAAGGUUACUACCAAGAGUCAGGAAGAGCUGGUCGAGAUGGUGAAAUUGCUGAAUGUAUCCUCUUCUACAGUUACCAAGAUAUGCAUCGUAUCAGAAAGAUGAUUGAUAUGGAUAAAGACAACUGGCAAGCCAGAAAAACUCAUUAUGAUAACUUAUGGCGGAUGGUUGCAUAUUGCGAGAAUAAGAUGGACUGUCGGCGUACACAGCUUUUAAAUUAUUUUGGUGAAAUCUUCAGUCGUGAAAACUGCAAGGGUAGUCCUGCUACUGCCUGCGAUAAUUGCAAAUGCCAUGAGUCCUACAAACAAAUAGACGUUUCAACUGAAACUCGAGCAAUCCUUCAGGCUGUAAAGCAACUGUGCACUGGAGGAGGAUGGUCAAGCAACUUCACCAUCAACCACUUUGUUGACAUCUUCAAGGGCUCGGAAGCUAAGAAAGUUAUGGACAGCGGACAUAACCGACAUUCACUACAUGGGAAAGGAAAAUCUUGGUCAAGGAAUGAUGCAGAACGACUGUUCCGGCGUUUGGUUCUAGAAGGCUACCUGCAAGAAGAUAUGGUAGUAAUAAGGGAUGAAAUGACCUGUGCUUACCUGCGAUCUGGAUCAAAGAGCGAACAGUUUCUCAGUAAUCCGAAUGCCAAGUUUGAGUUUGAAAUGAAGAAUUCUGCAAGCAAUGAAAGCAAACCAGAUGCUGACGCUCAAACUGAAGAUGAUGACGAUGAACUGAAACAGUUGCAAAAUGAUUGUUAUGCAGCUCUUCUUCAAACUGUUAAAGACCUGGCAGCACAGAAAGGUGUAAACUAUACAAACAUUAUCAACAUGGUUGCCCUUAGAUUAAUGUCUCGGUCAUUGCCCGAGAGUGAAGACGAAAUGCUCAAGAUUCCCCACGUAACGAAAGCCAAUUUCGACAAAUAUGGUCAAGCAUUGCUGGACAUUACUCAAAGAUAUGCUGCCCAGAAACUGGUAAUCCUGAGUGACCGAGUAGAAGAUGGAGCUUUUGAUGAUGGCAGCUAUGAAGAGGAUGAUGAAUUCUCAACCGGGUGGCUAAGCUCAGUGAGUGCCCCGGUAUCCAAUUCAUCACCUUAUUUUGGAAGAGGAAAUUCUAGAAGGAAGUUUGGCAGAGGAAUGAAACGCAAAAGAAAAUUCUCCGUUGGUCGAGGAAAGCAAACAAAGAAAACUAAAGUAGGACUUGGAGGUGAAACAAGUUACAGUGGUAGUCCGGCAAAGGCUUCACGACAUGCAGCAUCACGAAGUAAAGCAGCAGCAUCAAUGGCAGGAAGAGGAAGAGGAACAAGGGGAGCUCAGGGAGGUGGUGGAAAAUCUGCAGGUGCAGGUACUUCUGGCAGAGGAAGAGCAUCAGGUGCUGCACUAGGUUUACUAAGUAACCCACAGCCAAGAUCAUUCCUGCAGCCCAACACAUGUAUUGGGAAAGUAGUAGCAAAGGGCAGUGAGAGGAAAAUGUCCAGAUUUAAAUUUAUGGGCAGUGGUAGUAGCUAGCAAUGUAAUGGAGCAUUGGAAUAGCAACAUCAUCUUGGGCAGUUUUAAGGCUAAGUAAGAAUAAAUUUUCUUUGCACA